AUGUCCGAGUCCACCACCACCGUUCCCGCCGGUCAACCGCAACCCGACUACUCGACCUGGACAACGAACAGUCUAAUUGAGAGGAUCACGGAGCUAGAGCGACAGCUGCACUCUCGGACGGUGGAAUACACUACCUCGUCUUCCUCUUCCUCCAAAACUGAAAAUGAAUCGACUACCUCGAACCAACUCCAGCCCGAAGUAUCUAGUAGUGCCUCCAGCAACAAGAUAACUGGGAAGAAAGGGGAUCCUAAUGAUAUAACACAUACAACCGCGAGCCGACCACCGAAGGCGCCGAAGAAGAUGGAUCCCUCCAAAUACACCACCCGUUUCAUAGCGCUCAAGUUCGCAUAUCUGGGACAGCGGUAUAAUGGUCUUGAACAUGCGAAUGGGAACAUUACCCCUCUGCCGACGAUUGAAGAGGAAAUAUGGAAAGCUCUACGGAAGUUGCGGCUGAUUUUUCCAACCGACAUGCUGGACCAUGAUUAUAAGGAGACUGAAGGUCCGAGAGAAAUGAAGCCUUACUUGAUUAGUUGGGAAGGGUGCGAUUAUUCUAAAGCUGGACGGACGGAUCGGGGUGUCAGUGCUUUUGGACAAGUUAUUGGCAUUCGGGUACGAAGUGCUCGGCCAAAGGGCAAGACAGUUCAGGACCCAGACACUACAAUGGGGGAUGCAGACGGAGCUCACUCGGAGGAUCGGACGGCCGAUGAAACGUGGGAUGACAUUGCAGAUGAGCUACCAUACAUAAGCAUGCUGAACAGAGCACUCCCAGAGGAUAUUCGGGUGGUGGCAUGGUGCCCUCAUCCUCCAGAAGGAUUCGAUGCUCGUUUCUCUUGCAGAGAGCGUCAGUAUAAGUAUUUCUUUACACAACCUGCGUUUUCGCCUACCCCAGGUCCCCUUGGCUUUGCUCAGCGUGCAAAUAAUGGGAAAGACUCUAUUACCCCAAAGUACCGAGAGGGAUGGCUGGAUAUCGAGGCGAUGCGUGAGGCCGCGAAGUACUUCGAGGGUGUGCAUGACUUCCGAAACUUCUGCAAGGUGGAUACCAGUAAACAAAUUGAAAACUUCGAACGAAUUAUCUAUCGGGCCGACAUUGAACUGCUCGACCCGAAGAGCAACCCACUAGGCUAUGUGAAUCAGCCAGAAUUCCAAGCCUCGGGGCACCCUAUUGCGGAUGUGGCCUCGGACGAUUCGCAAAACGUGUCUCCCAAUGGUUCCCAGGUGUAUGUCUUCACUUUACAAGGCUCCGCUUUUCUGUGGCAUCAAGUGAGACACAUGGUUGGAAUGUUGUUUUUGGUGGGACAAGGACUGGAAACACCGUCGAUUGUACGCGACUUGCUAGAUGUCUUCCAAAACCCUCGCAAACCAAUGUAUGAGAUGGCAUCCGAUGCCCCGCUAGUUCUCUGGGACUGUAUCUUCCCCGAUCUAAACGGUAUCAGCCGUGAGGAUGCACUUGAGUGGAUUUAUGCCGGUGAUUCCAGACAGAUCAAGACCCAAUUUGGCAAGGGAGGCGGAAAAUUUGGGAUUGGAGGUGUAGUUGAGGAUCUCUGGGCCGUCUGGAGGCAACGGAAGAUGGACGAAAUUUUGGCGGGCGCACUGCUUGAUCUAGUCAUUCAGCAGGGUGAUCAGAAUGUCGCCAAGGGAGGCGAUGUCAAAAGCAUCGAGGCGGAGAGGAAAAAGAGGGGCCAGAAGAUAUUCGUCGGAUCUAACGAAGCCAAGGUUGGUGGGAAAUACGUUCCCGUCAUGCAGAAGCGGAAAAUUGAGAGCGUGGAGGUUCUCAAUGCAAGAUGGCUAGCGGCAAAACAGCGGAGGAAGGAGAAGGAAUCACAAGCCAGUAAUGGGGAUAUAUAG